UUGAGAUAUAGGCAACUCCCCAACCAGAUGACUGUCAGUACACAUUUCCCAUUGGAAACAGGGAGUGAGAAGUAAACAGGAGACCGACAGAGGAAGAGUGUGUAAGAGAGGAGUACGCACAUGCAGAGAGAGAGAGAGAGAGAGUGAGUGGGAGAGAGAGAGAGAGAGAGAGUACAGUGGUACAGCUGCACAGCAGAGAGGCUGAGACUUCACCAGCGUUUGUCACCGCGCAUCACAGAACAGGGGAGAUCGCUUUCCAGCGCAGCAUGAUCACGCAGGUUGGAAAGUGGACCGUGGACGAACCAACCAAUUGAAACACAUGAUUCACUAAUGGACUGCUAGAGAGCGUUUGGUGCUUUGAGGUAAAAAAAAAAAAAAAGAAGAAGAAGCUGUGCCAGCGUGACAGAAAGCACACCGGGAAAGAAGCUGGUGCAGCGGGGAAAGUUACCAACUAUGGAGAUGCAUUGUUGACUGAGAGUUUACAAACUGCCCGGACCAUUCAGAGUCAUUUCUUUCAUCUGGAUGUUAUUAUAGAAGAAUUCCAGUGCGCUUGUCCGUCCCGUGAUAUUCCAGUGCCGCGGUGGACCAUCACCAGCCCAGUCGCAUAUCGACGGAGCGACCGAAUACUUCCACGCAAAAACAAUCAGUGACCAGAGCAACUAAAAUGCCUGCUUUAUACCUCGUCUUUUGCCUUAUGGCCACAGCAGCCACCCAAGCAGCCUACUUCUCCCAGCAACCCCAGGACCAGGUGGUUGUAUCCGGUCAGUCAGUGACUCUACCCUGCGUUAUUGUGGGUUAUCGGGGAAUGGUACAGUGGACCAAAGAUGGCCUUGCACUCGGGGGAGAGAGAGACCUUCCAGGCUGGACGCGCUAUUCCUUAAUGGGCGACCCACUAUCAGGCGAGCACAGCUUGCUGAUCGAUUCGGCAGAGUUGGUGGAUGACGCCGUGUACGAGUGUCAAGCUACACAGGCAGGACUGCGCUCCCACCGCGCCAAGCUCACUGUACUAGUUCCUCCUUCAGACCCUGUGGUGGAGGGCGGCCCCGUUGUUCGCCUGAAAGCCUACACGCCGCACAACCUCACCUGCAGAGCCUCGGGAGCCAAACCCGCAGCUGAGAUCACCUGGUACAGAGAUGGAGAGGUCAUGGAGUCUGCGAUUUAUUCCAAGACACCGAUGGAGGAUGGGAAGAGGGAGACGGCUGUCAGUAUGCUUCCAAUCGUGCCGGAGGACAGCGACUCUGGACGCACCUACACCUGCAGGGUCCUUAACCCGGCUGCUCCUGCUGGACGACAGACAUCAAUCACUAUCAAUGUCCAACACCCUCCUUCAGUGACACUGUCAGUCCAGCCUCAGACUGUGACCGAGGGAGCCAAGGUUCUCUUCAUCUGCUCUGCUUCUGCCAACCCUGAAAUCACCGGAUACAGAUGGUCGAAAGGAGGAGUUCCCAUCUCUGAGGCAAAUGGGGACAGCCUUGAGGUGACAGUGGACUACUCUUACUUCACAGACCCUGUUUCCUGUGAAGUGUCCAACUCUGUGGGCAGCACCAAUGUCAGCACCCUGGUCGAUGUUCAAUUUGGUCCCAGACUGCUGUCAGAGCCAAAGCCAAUGACAGUGGACACAGGGAUGGAUGCAUCCUUCACUUGUGCAUGGACUGGAAACCCUCCUCUGACCCUGGCCUGGACCAAGCAGGGCUCCAGCGUGGUGCUCAGUAAUGGUAACACCUUGCACCUGAAGGCUGUUACCCAGGAUGAUGCUGGAACAUACACUUGCAAGGCCAUUGUGCCCCGGAUUGGAGUCGCAGAAAGAGAUGUCACUUUGACUGUAAAUGGUCCACCCAUCAUCACAGCAGAUGCCACGCAGCAUGCUGUGAAGCACUCCAAGGGCAAGCUGGAGUGUCGGGUGGGGAGCAGCCCUCCGCCUGAUAAGAUCGUGUGGACCUUCGGAGAUAUGAGUCUGUCCUCGGGUUCCUCCGGUCGUUACUCGGUGCAGACAGUUACCAGCGAUCAUGGAGUCGUGUCUUCUCUGGUGCUAUCUGAGACUCUGGCACAGGAUUUCGAGCUGCGAUACAACUGCACUGCUUGGAAUCGCUUCGGCACUGACACAGUCCUGGUCACACUGAAGGAGCAAGAAGCCCUGCCUAUGUUGAUAAUAGUUGGUGGAGCAGUAGGUGGGGGCUGUGUCCUGCUCAUCUGUGUCAUCACACUGGUCUCCCUCUGCUGCAGGCACACAGGCAAAGGUGAGCUAAAUGGUAAAAGGUGCACUCGUCUUUCCAAGAGUGAUAUCAGAGUUCAGAUUGUUCACAGUGACCACAAUGCUACACGAGGCAAUGAUGACGAGGAAGAUGUCAAAGAACCUAUGGCUCCUAACAGCAGCGAGUCUCCUGGGACAUCACGCACAGAACACAGUGACCUCCUGGAAGAGGAGGACGACGAACGAUCGGACAUCAAGGACCCCACCAAUGGCUACUACAAUGUCCGUGGCCAUGAAGACCGCCAUAUCCGCGGCAGUGGGUUCUCCGAGUAUGUGCCCAACUCUCGGCCAGUUUACACUCCAUCGCAGCUGCCCUCCCCCAGCCCUAUGUACGGUCAGCAUGGCACACAGCCUCGUAUGUAUGACUUCUCCCAACGAUACGCAACCACCACAGCGGGCAGGACCUCAUAUGAACAACAGCAAGCUGCCCAGCAGCAGCAGCAGCAGCAAGCUGCCCAGCCAGCCACUAUUUAUCCCACUGACCCCCUCUACAGUGGCUCUGCUUACUUACCUGCUACCUAUGGCCGUGCCUUCACCAGCUACGUUAAGCCUGCUUCCUUUGAGAAGGUGGAUGCAUACGACCAGUCGGAUGAGGCCAGCAAGGUCUCCAGCUCGUCCCGCUUCUCUUAUGCCUCCUCACAAGUGUCCUCCCAGCAGUCUGACUAUGGCCGACCCUCACAACGUAUGCAGACUCAUGUCUGACUGGACCAAAAAAAGUGGAGAAAAGAAGAUUUCAGGAGCAGUGAGUAGAUAACAAUUGUCACGUCCACACACAUUGUGGUCUGACAAAAACGAACAGAGACUUUCUUUACACGGACUGCCCUUGAAGGACAUGUUUUGGACAGUUUUUUGGAGAGGGAUGUGUGAUUUAGGUUAUGGGAUAACCACCUGUUGUGACCAAUGGCAGGUUCUACAAUAUUGCUAACUGUGGAACUGCUGAUUGCAGAUUGCGGUGUUCAAGUCAAACCUACGAUUACAAUGUGAUACCUCACCAGGUUAUCUCUGCACCAAGCCCCAACCUGUGGAGGUAUUCUGUCAGUGUUAGGGCCAAUGAAAAAAAAUCAAUCCAAUGCAUCUCCUGAAUUUGGGUGGCUGAAAAUGACAGGAAGAUAGAAGACAGCAGAUGUUACCACCUAAGACAUAUUUGAGAAGAACAAGCAAAUAUGAACAACUAAUCAUUUUGUCUUUAGUUUGAUGUUCUGUUGGCAUGCAAAAGGAAUUCUAAGCACAUACGUGUCUGUAUCAUCAACAAAAGACUGAGCUGUACACAGAGACAGACAUAAACUAUUCUGCACAACAGGCUAGCUCUACUGACCAACAAGUGCUACAGGCACAGAGCUUAAGAGGAGUCUCAUCAUCGGUGGAAUACCUCUGGCCUGAGCUCUAUUCGUGGAGCGCCUUCUGAUAAGCCCAUAACAUACUAGAUUUGUUGCUUAUUGGUGGAUAAAAGAAGGUGAUAUGAAGAGAAUGUGUAUUUCAGCCUUCAUUCUUAUGAAAGACUAUAUGAUAAUUAUGUGUUGUACCAAGACGGACAAAGUGAGGCCAUACGAACCCAAAGAUGGUGAUAACUGUGUAGGGGAAGACCAGGAAUUAAGGCAGAGUAUUCCUGUCCAACCCGGAUAUCGUUUUCUGCCGUGUUUCCUGGAUGAAAAAUUAAGUAUAGGCUGUUACCAGAACAAUCAAAUGUGGUCGUUUUGAAAACGGUGGCAAUCUUGAACUUGAAAUAAACUUGAAAAUGAAUGCAGCGUCCUCAGCAGGCUCAGAUGAGACAAGAGAGUCCCCUUAUGUGGACCACACACUCGUCAA